GCACAGGCACGGCAGAGUACUUUUUGUACCCCUUACCUACACCAAAGGAGGGUAAAUACCAAACACCGAGAGUCAAGUCCAUGUCCUAAAUAAUGAAAGAAGGACUUUAAGAGGAGGAAAGAUUAGUUUGAAGGCUCACUGCGGAGGGAGGUAUCGGCACGCAGUGUACACUUGCACUGGAUACACGAACCGCCUGGACGUUUCCACUUAUCUGCGAGUCACAGGAUCUCUCCGAUCUUGCGCUAACCCGCCAAACAUUCUCACGGGUGGUGGCCUAUAGUUCCGGCGAGCCAAAGCCUGGGAAAAUCAUUAACCAGAAACAAAGCACAACAGGACACUGACCUCAAUUCAAUUGUUACCACAUUUUUCUUGGAGAGUGAGGUGGGCUUGGUUUGCAAGCGUCGCUCCACGGAGCCGUCGGAUGACUGUCUGACUCAUCACAACCUUCGAAUGACAGGCGUGCAUUCGAGGGUGGGGCCCGCCUCAGUCUCACAUGAUUGGCCGCUGGAUGGAAAUAAGGUGAAUGGAACACAUGCCCAAGGAGCAGGACCCAAAUCAAUCAGAGGGAGAAGAGAAACAGUGGCUCGAUGGCCCGAAAAGGAAAAGAAAAAACAGCCAGUGUUCGGUGAAGAGCAUGUCUGGGUAUAUACCCAGCUACCUGGAUAAGGAUGAGCCAUGUGUGGUGUGUGGAGACAAAGCUACUGGCUACCACUACCGCUGCAUCACGUGCGAGGGCUGCAAGGGGUUCUUCAGGCGCACCAUCCAGAAGAACCUGCAUCCCUCUUACUCGUGUAAGUACGAUGGCUGCUGCAUCAUCGACAAGAUCACCCGCAACCAGUGCCAGCUGUGCCGCUUCAAGAAAUGUAUCGCAGUUGGAAUGGCCAUGGAUUUGGUUCUGGAUGACUCAAAGCGGGUUGCGAAGCGCCGUUUGAUUGAGGAGAACCGUGAAAAGAGGAAAAAAGAGGAGAUGGUGAAGUCCCUGCAGAAUCGUCCAGAACCCAGCAGCUCAGAGUGGGAGCUCAUCCGUAUGGUGACAGAAGCUCACCACCACACCAAUGCACAGGGCUCGCACUGGAAACAGAAACGCAAGUUCCUGCCAGAGGACAUCGGUCAGUCUCCAGUGGCCCCCACAUCAGAUGGAGACAAAGUGGAUUUGGAGGCCUUCAGCGAGUUUACCAAGAUCAUCACCCCAGCCAUCACACGCGUCGUCGACUUUGCCAAAAAAUUGCCCAUGUUUUCGGAGCUGCCUUGUGAGGAUCAGAUCAUCUUGCUGAAGGGCUGCUGUAUGGAGAUCAUGUCCCUACGUGCUGCAGUUCGGUAUGACCCAGAAAGCGAGACCCUGACCCUCAGUGGAGAGAUGGCUGUUAAACGAGAGCAGCUGAAGAAUGGAGGGCUGGGUGUGGUGUCGGACGCCAUCUUCGACUUGGGCAAGAGCCUGGCGCAGUUUAAUUUGGAUGACUCCGAGGUGGCACUGCUACAAGCUGUACUACUUAUGAGCUCAGAUCGCACAGGCCUGACAUGUGUGGAAAAGAUUGAGAAGUGUCAGGAGAUGUAUCUCCUGGCGUUCGAACACUACAUCAACUAUCGCAAGCACAACAUUCCCCAUUUCUGGCCCAAGCUGCUGAUGAAGGUGACGGACCUACGCAUGAUCGGAGCCUGCCACGCCAGCCGCUUCCUUCACAUGAAGGUGGAGUGCCCCACUGAACUCUUCCCCCCACUCUUCCUGGAGGUCUUCGAGGAUCAGGAGGUGUGAGGAGAUCGGGAAUCAGGAACGUUUUUGAACUCGUGUUCCUCACCCCCUGUCACCCCACUCCAUGCACCAAAUCUCACCAGCAGCAGGAGUCAUCAUCAGAACAGCUUUCAUACAGGGGUCUUAGUCGGCAACUUUAUUUUCUGCUUUUUACAGAAUACUCAGCCCUCCCUCCAUCCACUAAACUCCCUACGGGUGGCCCUUCUGUCUCUGCAUAAUGUCUUAUACUGGUUUACCAACACCUUAGUUAUAGACACAGAAUAUACACACAUACACAGUGUAGUUCUUACUGAGCGACACAACCUCCAAUGAGGUUGUAUACAUUUGUAUGCAUACAGACACUGCACUACUGUCACACCAACUUCUCAUAACUGGAGGAGCAAUUCUAUGCCAUCUGACAAGACGCGAGGGCUUUGGCGGUUUAUGCCAUGUUGCAGCUGGUGUCGAUUCCUCUCAGCAGGUUGCGAAGUGGUCAGUUAAUUUUAGUUACAUAAUAAAAGACUUCUUGUGAGAUUGCAAUGUAUCCGCCGGCAUCUUGUCGCUCACGUGUUGUUAUGUCGAGCUCCACGCAAACGUGGAGCAUUUUGAACAGACCUCAUUAUUCUCUUACUAGUUACAUUGAGCCUGUGUGCGAAGUGGGAGGAUAUUUCUAAACCAAAUCAGGUGCUAUAUUUAAAUAAAGCUUCUCAAAAUGAUUUGGGACCUUUCGAAAAUAUGCCCUCCCUCCCUCCUCUGUAGGAUACAGACCAUUUGAAACUUUCGGUCGGCGGUUAAGCGAACAUUCUGGGGUGCCACUUAAAAACUUUGUGUGUGGUUCUACUCACCUUUGUCCAGGCUUUGUGUUUCGUCAGAUUAGCCUGUUCUGAAUGAUAAACGAGCUCUUUUCUCUCCCAACAAAGUCACGCAGAGAGAAAAAGAGUGUGCAGGAGAGAUUUCACAAAAGACUUGGAAAUACAGGCACCCCGCUUGUGGUUCGCACUGAUUUGUAUGUUUUACAGGUGUUGGGAGGGAGCCUGUUACCAUCCUCCCAGACCCAGCACACACACACACACACACGCACACAGAUAUACUCAAACACACACCUCAAAACUCAAAUGCCUCAUUUUUACUGUGUGCACUGCGGUGCUGUAGUUCUGGACUCCCAUGCAGGACUUUGAGAGUUCAGUCCAGCCCCUUUUUGUUCCGCCCAGAUGCUACUGUUUCCCGGUCUGUGUGAACACACACGCACACACUCCUGAUGAGCCCUGGCGGUCGGGCUGAUGUCGAUGUUUCUUUUUGUUUUUGUUUUACCUCAAAUGUGGGCACACCUCCGGCUGGCUGUGGCUCCAAGACAGGACAGGUUCUACCUCACCUCUGGACACAGGGCAGCUACCCUCAGCCUCCUCCCACACACACACACACACACACACACACACACACAUUUACUCACACAUGGAAUUACUGUGUUGGAAAAUCCAGAUUAAGCUUGUAGAUGUGUUUUAGAACAUGGUAGCUGUUUUUUAGCUGGACUAAGCUGGUCAUUAUAUUUAUAUUUUAAAUGUUUACAUUAUAUUUAUGCAUUAACCAGACACUUUUUUCCAAAGCAAAUAACAGUACAAAAAGCUGUACAUUUUAUGAGUAAGUGGAUUCCAUCAGACCAAAAGGAGAUCUGCCCUUCUGGGAAUCCAACCCUGUUCUUUUGUGUGGAAGGUGAAUAAAUCAGAGACCCUUCCCCUGAAAUCCGAACAAAAGUGGUAAAAAGAAAAGUAUAUUUUGACCGGGUGUAAAUGGCAGUGUCAGUAUAAUACAGGUGUAAACAGGGCCUUAGACCAGCUAGAAACCAGCAAGCAUGUUCCAAAACACAACUGUUAGCUAGAUUUCCCAUGCAGGGAUACAUGCACCUACACAGAUUCACACACUGACAGCCAUAAAAAAACAACACAUUUUCUCUCAGUUCUCCCUCAGUUAAUUUGAAAUACCACUGUAGACAGGAGGGCCUUCCAUUCCUCAUUGUAGCCUGUCAGAUUUCUCCGAGCUCCCUUUACUCUGGGCUGAGAGAACAAUUCUGUAUGGGGUUUGUUUUGUCUCUUUGUUUUUUGUUCAUGUGGGACCAAGUGUCACUUUGAAAUUUCCGUCAAAAUGGAAGCUAAUUUUUUCGGCAGACAAGCGAACUAAACCGUUCAUGCCGCUGACUAUGAAGAGGCGCUGUUGAGACAACUACAGUUAAACGUAUGAGGAGAUGAAGGACCCGAGGUGGCCAGGCCUAAACCGACUGGGUCUAUCACUGUUAUCUAUUACCUUUCCAAUACCAAGCAGUAGUUUGUAAAAAUCUAUGAAAGUGGAGUGAGGAGUCAGCUGGAAUUUUCAGGGUGGCAGAGAGAAUGUGCAAUGGGUGGGGGAGGUGGGGCAACAAGAAGUUGAAAGAAAGCACUUAGCUUUGAAAGAGCCAAUUCAAAUCUUCACAAACAAUUAAACCCCUGGUUCUCGAGGUACCUUCUUUGGCCCAUCUCCCUCCAUGGAGUUUUUGCACUAAGGCAUGAUGGGCCCCCUCAAUCACACAGCAGCUCAGUUGCAUGCAAGACAUGAGCUCUUUCCAAGGACUCUCUGUCAAACAGAGGCCACAAGUCCAUGUGCUCCCGAGCACACCCUCAGUGUCAGUAUUAAGUUAACCAUAACACUCAUACAUGCCAGGUAUGGGCUGUAGUGUCAUGCCACAGUCAAGGACUCCAACAUACACUUUCAAAAACAUACAUACACCAUUGUGCCCCCCACCCCCACACUUCCCCUUGAAGCCAGUCGUGGCUUUCAAUGAACACCAAACAGAAAUGGGCCUUUCCCUUGUGAGACAAGGGAGCGACCCUAGCCAUGCAAAGAAUGGCAGCACCGAAUGAAUGUGAACGAUUAGCAUCAGAUCGAAAGAGAGUAUCAAGAGUUGGAGAGAGAAGUGGAGUUUUACAUUCUUGCUCUAUAAUGGGAGGUUGCAAAGCAAAGGAAGACAGCCAAUCAGAGGUCCUAUGACAUCACAGAAAGUGGAAACAGAACAACCAUGUUACUACUUGUGGACAGUUGUGUGCCCCGGAGAGAGAGCGAGAACCCACAAACCUCAAACAGACUGAAACCAUGAGAGAGAAACAGCAUUCUGUAAAUGCCGGUAUGGAAUUUCAUCUUAAAAUAAGAAAACACAGUGAUGACAGUGGUUCCGAUUGGUUUAUGGCAGGGGUUUUGAUGCUGCUUUACCUUCAAUUUAAUUUUUUUAUUUUUUUUGCCAGAGAUAGAAAGAGAAAAAAAGUUAUAAUAAAAGAAGAAUUACAAACCCAGAAAACAAAUAAAAAAAAAGAUGACUCCAAAACAAAGUUAAUAUCUUGGAGCUGAUUGUGCUUUUUGUUUUGUUCUUUCUUUUUUUUUUUAAACUGAAAUGUGUUUGUUUGUUUUGGAUCUGAUCUGUGUAAGAGAGAAAACAACAACCGUAGUCACUUUUUGACCAUGCGUGCAGUGUAAACUAGAUUUCACCUCUUUUUCACCUCACUAUAGUUUGUAUUGAUAAGUCAACUGCUCUGUUUGUCUGUGUAUCUGUCUUUUGUCCAUCUUUUUAUCAAGAGGAAUUUACAAAACAAGAAACAGGAAUAUAUUCUUUUUUUAUAUUUUGUUUUCUUUUUUAUAAUAGAAUACUAGAAAAACGUAAAUAUGCGAAAUAAUGCAACAGAAACUGAAAAUAUAAAAAAAAAAACUGAAACACAAUCUACUCAUACCUCACACAACACAAAGCAUAAAUGAACUUGGGAGGAGUGCUGAUCUGUGUGGCACUUGUGUCAAAGUGUAUCUAAUGCAUGUGCUGAAUUAUACGAUGGGGUGUAUGUGCUUGUCGCGCUCAUGUGAUCGCAGAGGCGCACAGCGUCCUUCUUCAGCCUUCAGAGCCCAUUCUGUUUCUGAUUUGCACCAGGUACAUACAUUAGCCAGUAAACAGAUGAGCCUGUGUGGUAUUGUCCGAAAGGCUCUGUCUGCGGUGAAGUGAUGGGCAGUAAUGGAAGCGGACAGGAUGCAGGAUGGCAGGAAGGCUGUAGAGGGAGUUGUGUGUAUCUGUGACAGCAGAGAGUACUUCAUGGUAUUGAAUGUAGCUGACAGGACUGGGCUGGAACCAAGCCCGGGAACUAGAACCUCACUACAGGUCACCAGCAGAGUGGACAUAGCUGUCAAACUGUUGUUACACAAACAGCUUACUAAGCAUAUAUUGCCCAUCUUCAAGGUGCAAUACUUUAUUCAGUUUUGUUUUUAUGUGUUUUUCCUUGUUUUGUAAUUUUUGGCCAUAACCAAGGAUGUAAAUAUAAAACGAAAGGUUAAAUCACUGUGUUAACCAUAUGCAAACGUCAUAUGCUGGAUGUUGAGGCCCGAAUGCAACCCAAUUUGUAAAGUGAAAUGUAUGUGUACCGUUGUGUGCACUCGCAAACGUGCAUGUUCAAUACAAAUAUGAGGAAGUGCCCCGUGAAUUUAACAAUCCAACCCCGUGCCUCCGCCCCGCACUCAAACCACAGAGAUAUCUACUGCUCUUUCCAAACAGGGUUACUAGACGUAAUGUCUAUUCUAUAGGUCCGAUCACUGACAGGGAAAUGGAGGAAGUGGUAUAGAUUAGGGGACGUAUAGCAAUGAAGAAACAUCAGAGAGUAGCGAAUAGGUUUUCGCUGUUAAUCACCCCCAAAAGCAUAGUCCGGUACCCAAAAGCACUUAACUGGCCCAACUACUGCCAAUCAGAUUCCAUACGUCCAUACACAUUCGCCGAAGGGAGGGCAACAGUAGACACUGCACUGCAAAAUAUAUAUAUAUUUUUCCCUUCUUAUUUUCUACAUAUUUUUACAAGAUGAAUUAACUUCAAAAGCAAAAUGACACAAAAUAUUAACUAGUUUUCAGAAAAACAUGAUAACAUUUUGUGACAUUAAUGCUUAAAACAAGAAAACGCUAUUUGGCAAUGGGCAGGCCCAUACAGAAUCUGCACACACAGUGUUCCGUAGAAAUCUCCGCAGAGGAUGCCCAUAAUUCACAAAUGUCCACACAUUCCCUGUCCUUUGCAUGUUUGUUUAUUAAUCAUUUUACCUAAUGUGAUAAUACUUUUGGCAAACAUUAAGACUGUAGUACUCUCGACUCAUUUAACAAAUUUUACUUUUUAAAUUGAAUUCUACAUAUUUUCUAAAAUAAUUAGCACAGAAGGCCACAAGAUUUGCCUGGGACUGCCAAUGGGGGAAAAAAAUUAUAAUUCAAAGUUUACUUUUCUUACCGUUUAUUUUUCUUUUAUAAUUGGAAAAUAUUUUUUUCCUUCUUUUUUUAAGUACAACCCUUACUAAUUUUGCUAGAUGUUUGUGUAACCAAGGGACUAAGGGGUGAGUUCACUUAACUGUUGCGCUACAUUUGCAUGACGUAUUUAAAGACAAAAACCUCCAUCGUCUUCUCUACCCACCCACAAUCCACCCUACUUUCUACUUAAAGUAAAUUAAGAUAACUUUAGAUUCAUUUACAAAUGUCUGUGCUAUUUACCUGGUGCAAUUAACAUUGCACUUUUAAAUUAUUAACUGCAUUUGAUUAAAAAUAUAUGUUUGUGCACAUUUUCUAUUGAGCAUGGCAGCAAUAAUUAAUUGUAAUCAAUAAUGAUCAAAUAAUGGAGAAGGGUGUUGAUCUGAGUGAACCUAAUCCAAAUGUGCAGUGUAGUCAAGUGCACUUUCAGUAAAUCGGAUGCUAUACCAGUGCGGACAGCACAUGCAAAUAAAAUCGAGCCUCAGUUUAUUCCUAAUGAAUUAUUUCUUAGAUGUCUCGUCGUUUUGCUUCUCAGGUAAAUAUAUCUUGUUUUAAGGAAGUUGAGAUAUUUUUGCUGGAAAUCAAGACCAAAAAAAGGUGGGGGGAAAAGAAUGAGAAUUUAUUUUGUUUGCAGUAUUUUUGGUUUUCUUUGGUGGUGGUAUUGUUUUAUUUCUUAAAAUGCCCUGUAGCAAGAAUGUCUAUGCAAUGCUCUACCCUCUGAUAGCAUGCUGGUUGUUCCAAUGAGAAGUCAUCUUUUUAAACACUCCCACCCCCCAAAGUCCCACCCACUGCAACUUAAUGAGCCACAGUCAGAUUGUUCAUCAGUCAGUCAGUUUCAUAGACAAGGCAAGAAAAGAUGGUAACUCAACUUUCUACUGGUAAUCCUCUAUUGAGAGACUGCCCUGCAAGUAGCAUGCUUUUGUGUUUGUAUGUAUGAGUUUGCGUUGAACGCUGUCUCAUGGUUUGGUGGAUUGGUAGCCUACUACCUAUUAGACAACAAAAGCACUUUUUCCUAAAUGUAAUUUAUGAAAAUCAGUUCCAUUCUGUGAACAUCAACCCCUUUAGACACACAUAGCUGGUUUCGAAAACCGAUGAACCCUGGUGAAUGAAACAUUCUCUAUGAGCUGAGGUGAUUAAUAAAGCUUUUUCACUUUUGUCAACCAGUUAUUCAUUUUUUUUACGUAGACAAAAAAACACAUUGUCUUAACUAUUUGAACAUCCUUAACACUUAACACUCAAACAACUGUUUUGACCCUGUAGAGUACAGUAUAUAUACCAUGUCAAUUGCUUGUUUUUCACAUUAAAGAUUUUGAGGAAAAAAAAAAACAUUUAAAUCUAAAAUCGAAUAUUUUUUUUUAUUAUUGUAUGUUUAAACAAAUUCAGAAUUAUGUUUAAUUACUUAUGUCUUGCAAACAUUUAUGAAUGCCCCAGCAACCACCUAGCAAGGCCCUAGUAAUCACUAAAAAAACUCUGACAUGUGAGUCAAAAAUGACCUGAACAAAACAGGAGGGUUAAAGCAAGAUACAUUUACUAAUGAAGCACAUUGUUUUUUGGGGGUUCUUUUAAGCAAAAAGCUUGCUAAGUUUUGUUAGGUUUAGGCUUAACAAAAAAAAACUAAUUGACAUUUUUAUAGGUAAACAAGACAUAAAUUCUAAUUGGGAAAAUGAUUAUUGAAGUGUAUAAACUUUUAUUUCACGAGUUGAACUUUUCCCCUCUCAGAGCUUUAAAAUUAGUGAGGCAUAUUUAAUUAGCUAUGGUACUGAAGUCAGACAGUUUUAAUGUACUUGUACAGCAUGUGGAGAGAAUCGUAAAUGCAAUAUGCAAAUCAGCAUCUGAAUGAAACAGUCAACGAAUGAACAACAUUCAAUCAAGUGGGGUGCAGAACCACACCGUUGAGUUUAAUUGGCCACCCUCAACACUGUGGUGUCAAAUCCCUCAAGUCUGGUGUGUUUACCUUAAGUUGAUACUUCAUUUCAUUUGCUUUGUGUUGAUGAUUAUGUUUAAGUGCUCAGUUAUGAGCUAAAUGCACCCAGCCAUGAGAGUGUGAGUAGAGAGCGGGCAUGAUGUAUGUAUACACCGCAUCUGUUUGAAAUGAGACUGGAAAGGAAAGCUUUUGAAAGAUUCUCUCAGGUAUCAAGAAAAUAAAAAAGACAAAAAAUAAAUAUAAUAAACUUUUUUAAAUAAAUGAUGAAAAAUUCCAGCCACUCCUUUUUGUUAGCUCAUCAUUCUUUGCUCUCUACGAUGUGCUUUCAGUGUUUGUGUCCUGUGGUGGUCUUCUGUUUAUUGUUCCCCAUUCACUCUCUGGUUAUCUGUUCUAUAUCUGCCACACAAACACACACACACACACACACACACAUCUCUCUUGCACUCUUAAGCCUGGUGUUCCAGCAGUGAAAAUACAUCUCUGCUGAUCUAAAAAUUAAAGCAGGGAACCUUUAUAUUUCUGCAAAAGCAUCGUUUUUGAUACAUGGGCAAGCAAAGGAAUAUAAAGGUGAAGUGUGUAAUUAUCGAACAUAUAAUUUUAAUUAAAAUAGUUUCUCCUAUUCCACUACUAAAUGUAAGCAGUUUGUAAGUUGAUUUCCUGAAAAAUGUUAAUUCUGUGGUGCUGCCUGUGAACAAAGCAAGAAAACAUGAGCUUUUAAUUAUCUAGUUAUUCUCUGUUUUUGAAGUCAAACUGAAAAGAGGC